AUGAAGCGCCUUAACCUAGCAAAGACCUCGCUUCGUAUACGAUGUGUAAGGUGGAACUCCUCACAGUCUUCCACAAACACUAAUGCAUCGAUAUCUAACAAGCAGCUCCUUUACACUCAAGAUGCGAGUACUCCAGGCUCGAUAUUCUUCUUGCCUCAUGGUACUAGAGUGUUCAACAAAUUGAUUACGUUCAUGAAACACCAGCAAAUGAAGUAUGGGUUUGAAGAGGUGGUUACGCCGUUGAUAUACAAGACAAAGCUCUGGGAAACUUCGGGCCACUGGCAGAACUAUAAGGAUGAUAUGUUCAAAGUGGUGGGUAAUGUGCAGAGAGACGAGGUAGGAGCAGGAGCAGGAGCAGGAGCAGGAGCCACUGCAGAGUUUGAAAAUGAUACUUUGUCUGACUCUGAGUCGACAGAAAACCAUGGGCACGAGCAUGACCACGAAGGCGAACAUACAUAUGGACUCAAACCUAUGAACUGCCCAGGACACUGUCUCAUCUUCUCCAAGUUUGAACGUUCGUACAACGAGCUCCCUGUUAGACUCUCCGACUUCUCAUCGCUUCACAGAAACGAGGCAAGUGGUGCCCUUUCUGGGUUGACCAGAGUCCGUAGGUUCCACCAAGACGAUGGCCACAUCUUUUGUGAGCUCUCCCAAAUCGAGCAGGAAAUAGAUAACACCAUUAAGCUCAUCAAGGAUACAUAUAAGAUAUUUGGCAUCACUGAUGUUCAAUUCAAGUUAUCUACAAGACCUGAAAAGGCUAUAGGAGACUUGGAAACUUGGGCUAAGGCAGAAGCAGCAUUAGAAAAAGUGCUAAAUGCCACUACGAUUAAUAACUGGCUGAUUAGGGAGGGAGAUGGAGCCUUCUACGGACCCAAGAUUGAUGUUCUUGUCACCGAUGCCUUCCUGAAAGAACACCAGGUUGGUACCAUUCAAUUAGACUUCCAACUCCCAGAGAGAUUCCAGUUGAAGUAUGUGGCCAAGGAUGGUACCAGAGAUAACCAGCCUAUCAUGGUACACAGGGCAGUUUUCGGUUCGUUGGAGAGGUUUUUCGCCAUUCUUUUGGACCACUACCAGGGAAAAUGGCCGUUUUGGCUCAAUCCAAGACAAGCGAUCAUCAUACCAGUCAAUGAGGCGCACCAUAGAUACUGUGAAGAGGUGGCUGCAGUACUUAGAGGUGAUAUUGUUAGCGAGCGUAACGAAAUUGCUCCAAUGACAGGAUAUAACUUUUACGUUGACGUGGACAGCAGAAAUGAAACGAUCGGAGCCAGAAUCAAGGAUGCAAUUUCAAAGGGUUACUCCUACAUAAUAACUAUUGGAGAUAAAGAUAUUGAAAAAGGUACUGUUGCAGUUCGUACCAGAGAAAGUAGGAAAUUAAAACACUACGAAGUAGAUGAACUUUACAAUCAGUUCAUUGAGUUGGAAAAGGAUUUCAAGUAG